AUGACUACAAAAUUUGGCACUCGCAUUUUAUGUCUUGGCACUCUGACUGGGCUAUCGAUCGUGGCUGUCGUUCUUCGGUCUGUGAACAAUUAUAAAUUCGGCAAUUUCCAGCUCAGCGAUUUGGUGACGUUAUUUGGCUUGGUAUUGCUAAUUAUCGCCGCUGCGAUAUCCAAUGUAGCUGUUGACUUCGGGUACGGGCUGGCUAUCGGCUCUCAAGGGCAUGAUCAUGAAGCCAAAGCACUCAAAUACUCCGCCAUCCGCCAGGCCAUCGUCGUACUGGCUGCGACAGCCGGGCGCAUUGACUUCAUUCUCUACUUGAUUGAGUUGCUCGCCGCUCGCGCGUUGCACAGGAUAUUGCUAUGGCUUCUUAUCCCUUUCCAAAUCGUCAUCAGCGCCGUAAGCGUGUUCCUACUGUUCUUCCAGUGUUCAAUCCACCUGGGAGAGCUAUUCAGUCCAGGAAAGCAGUCCUAUUACGAGAGAACAGCAUUCAACUCCGCCUGCGAUCUCCUCCUCGCCGUCUUCCCCGUAUACACAUUCUGGCGCUUCAACUGGACCGUCCGCGUGAAACUCGUCUUGAUCUCCCUCCUCAGCUUAGGAAUCGUCGCAAUGGCCGCCUCCCUCGUCAAAACAAUCGAAUACCCAACCAUCAUGCUCUCACGAAACCCACGCACCAACCGCGUCACUCUCCUCCGAUGGAUGUUCAUCGAAGCCGGCGCGGUGCUAAUCACCGCCUCGAUACCCUGCCUCCGCCCUCUCGUCGUCUGGUUCGUCCGAAAAUUCACCUCGCGUGUCCUCAACCUAUAUAAACGACAUACCCGAAUCGCGAACGGCUCUAACACACUUAACAACACAUUAUUCAGCGCCAGCGCUAGUCGAUUCACGCAAGAUUGGAAAUCGAAAUGGAUUACGCCCUACAUGCAGCAGCGGGAUGUGGUGGGCGAGGAAGGUGUGGAACGGCAUGUCUUGACGAAUAUGACGCAUAUCUUUGCGGGGGAUCGCGAGUUCUUGGAUCGGCAUACUUCUGGGGGGAUUGUGAAGAAGGUGGAGGUGACUGUUGUGGCUGAUGAGAUUCCCUUGACGGAGGGGAGUAGGUCAUGA